AUGCCCGGGGGAAAGAGGGGGCUCGUGGCACCGCAGAACACUUUCCUGGAGAACAUCGUCCGGCGGUCGAGUGAAACCAGCUUCCUCCUGGGAAACGCCCAGAUCGUGGAGUGGCCCGUAGUUUACAGCAAUGACGGCUUCUGCAAGCUGUCUGGCUUCCACAGGGCUGAGGUCAUGCAGAAGAGCAGCACAUGCAGUUUCAUGUACGGAGAGCUGACGGACAAGAAGAGCAUCGACAACGUCAGACAGACGUUCGACAACUACGAGUCCGACUGCUUCGAGAUCCUGCUCUACCGAAAGAACAGAAGCCCCGUGUGGUUCUACAUGCAAGUGGCUCCCAUCAGGAACGAGAACGACAAGGUGGUUCUGUUCCUCUGCACGUUUAAGGACAUCACUCUCUUCAAGCAGCCCAUCGAAGACGAAACCACCAAAGGAUGGACCAAGUUUGCGCGGCUGACACGGGCGCUCACCAACAACCGCAACACGCUGCCGAAGCUGGCUCCCAUAGACAAGCCUGAAGUCAGCCACAAGCCCUCCAGACUGGCAGAGGUUUUGCAGCUGAACUCCGACAUCCUCCCGCAGUACAAGCAGGAGGCCCCCAAGACGCCCCCCCACAUCAUCCUGCACUACUGCACCUUCAAGACCACCUGGGACUGGGUCAUCCUCAUCCUCACCUUCUACACGGCCAUCAUGGUGCCCUACAACGUCUCCUUCAAGACCAAGCAGAACAACAUCGUGUGGCUGGUGCUGGACAGCGUGGUGGACGUCAUCUUCCUGGUGGACAUCGUCCUCAACUUCCACACCACCUUCGUGGGGCCCGGCGGCGAGGUCAUCUCCGACCCCAAGCUCAUCCGCAUGAACUACCUGAAGACCUGGUUCGUCAUCGACCUGCUGUCCUGCCUGCCGUACGACAUCAUCAACGCCUUCGAGAACGUCGACGAGGGCAUGAGCAGCCUGUUCAGCUCCCUGAAGGUGGUCCGCCUGCUGCGUCUGGGCCGGGUCGCCCGCAAACUGGACCACUACCUGGAGUACGGCGCCGCCGUCCUGGUGCUGCUGGUCUGCGUGUUCGGCCUGGUGGCCCACUGGCUCGCCUGCAUCUGGUACAGCAUCGGGGACUACGAGGUCAUCGACGAGGCCACCAACACCAUCAAGGUGGACAGCUGGCUCUACCAGCUGGCCCUCAGCAUCGGGUCGCCGUACCGCUACAACGCCAGCGGCGACGGCCGGUGGGAGGGCGGCCCCGGCAAGGACUCGCUGUACAUCACCUCGCUGUACUUCACCAUGACCAGCCUGACCACCAUCGGCUUCGGCAACAUCGCCCCCACCAGCGACGGGGAGAAGAUCUUCUCCGUGGCCAUGAUGAUGGUGGGAUCUCUGCUCUACGCCACCAUCUUUGGAAACGUGACCACCAUCUUCCAGCAGAUGUACGCCAACACCAACCGCUACCACGAGAUGCUCAACAACGUGCGUGACUUCCUGAAGCUCUACCAGGUCCCCACGGGGCUCAGCGAGCGCGUGAUGGACUACAUCGUGUCCACCUGGUCCAUGUCCAAAGGCAUCGACACGGAGAAGGUCUUGUCCAUCUGUCCCAAGGACAUGCGCGCCGACAUCUGUGUGCACCUCAACAGGAAGGUGUUCAACGAACAUCCCGCGUUCCGAUUGGCCAGCGACGGCUGCCUGCGCUCGCUGGCGGUGGAGUUCCAGACCACCCACUGCGCCCCCGGAGACCUCAUCUUCCACGCCGGCGAGAGCGUCGACACCCUGUGCUUCGUGGUGUCGGGGUCGUUGGAGGUCAUCCAGGACGACGAGGUCAUCGCCAUCUUGGGUAAAGGCGACGUGUUCGGCGACGUCUUCUGGAAGGAGACCACGCUGGCCCACGCCUGCGCCAACGUCCGGGCGCUGACCUACUGCGACCUCCACGUCAUCAAGAGGGAGGCCUUGCUCAAGGUGCUGGAGUUUUACACCGCCUUCGCCAACUCCUUCUCCCGCAACCUCAUCCUCACCUGCAACCUGCGCAAGCGGAUCAUUUUCCGCAAGAUCAGCGAGGUGAAGAAGGAGGAAGAGGAGCGUCAGCGGGCGAAGAACGAGGUGCAGCUCACCAUCCCGCAGGACCACCCGGUCCGCAAGCUCUUCCAGAAGUUCAAGCAGCAGAAGGAGCUCCGCAACCAGGGAGCCGCGGCCGCCUCGCAGCCGGACCUGGAGAAGAACCAGCUGCAGGUGGAGCACCACCACCACCUCCAGCAGCAGCACCACCAGCAGCAGCACCUGCACCCCAACAGCCUGCAGCUGGGCCACUCCAGCCUGCAGCACUCCCUCCCGCUCAGCCUGCAGCGCCCCCCGUCCUCCAUGCAGAACGGAGCUCCGCCCAGCAGCAGCGUGCUGACCGUGUCUCAGGUGACGCCCAUGCAAAGCUCGCUGGCGUACAGCCCCCCCGGCGAGCCCCCCGCCAAGCCCAACAACUGCAACGUCAUGGAGCUGCAGCCCAGCGAGCAGACCGUCAGGGUCAGAAUCAGCCCCGGCCCCGUGGCGGCGAGGCCGGCGGUGAAAGCCAGCAGCUGGAUGCGCCUGAAGAGCAACAUGGCUCCGGCGGAGGCCGGGAAGGAGGGGCUUAACAACAGCGUCAAGGCCGUCUCCGUGGAGAUGCUCUCCCAGGAGGGCAAAGGUCAGGACGCGGGAGGGGGCCGCGGGGACGCGGAGGCGUCCAGCAACAACCCCCUCCGCAAGACGGACUCCUGCGACAGCGGCAUCACCAAGAGCGAGCUGCGGAUCGACCGGGCCGGGGAGGCGCGGACCCCCGCCGCCGUCACCCCGCUCCUCCACAGCCCCCUCCCCGGAGGAGCGGGGCCCCCCCACCCUUUCUGCCCCGGGGCGGAGCAGACCCUGCAGGCCGCCCUGCACGAGACCCGGCUGGAGCUCCGGGGGGACAUCCGGACUCUGGGCGGCCGCAUGGGCGCCCUGGAGGGCCAGGUGGCGGAAAUCAUCAAGCUGCUCUCGGACAAGAAGCGUCCAUCUUUGGGGGCGCCGACGCCACCGACGCUGGCCUCCGCCACCGCCACCGCCACGCCCAAGACCAAAAUACGACGUCAGGACAUUUUCACCGUUUCUAGGCCUGUUUCUUCCGACUCGGAGAAGGACGACGGGCUCUGA